UCCAAAUAUAUUGAAUUCGUUUAGAAAUUUUAUAAUCAUAAACGAAACUGAUUGAAACUGUCGACUGUGCUAAUAAACGUAUUCGUGAAACUAACUAAGCGUUGGAUAGCUUCAGUCAACAUAAUUCGGAAAUUAUUCACACAACUGUCUUUUAUUUUGCACGAAUUUACCUAAUCUUCAUAAUUCUAACUAGAUAAUGCCACGAGUAAUGGUGCAUAAUGUCAAUGAUGACAAGCAACUACGGGAUUUUAAAGAUUUAAGUGCUGAUGCAAAAGAGCUAAUAAAGGCAGCUAUUGAGGCACGUCAAUACGCUUAUUGUCCGUAUAGCAAAUUUAAAGUGGGCGCAGCUAUACAAACAGGUGACGGAUCAAUUUAUACGGGUUGUAAUAUCGAAAAUGGCGCUUAUCCGGCAGGUAUAUGUGCCGAGCGUACAGCUGCUUGUAAAGCGAUCAGUGAUGGUAAACGCGAUUUCGUUGCGUGCGCAGUUGUGGCCCAGCAGGACAGUGGCUUUACUACUCCUUGUGGUGUAUGUCGCCAAUUUUUGGCUGAAUUUGCUAUGACAAGAGACUUUCCACUAUAUUGUGCCAAGCCAGCUUGCCCGCCAUUGCAAGUGCUAGCAACAAGCAUUCGAGAUUUGUUGCCACGAAGUUUUUCUUUUUUGGAAAAUAAAUGAAUUGGCAGCGCGUAUAAUAUGAGAUGAUAUUUAUUGAUGCAUAAAACUUAUUGCGAUGAAAUACAUACAUUAUAUAUUUGGACAUUAUAUCAAAUAACUUCAUUUGCUAAAUCAUAUAUUGUAUAUUUUCAAUGAUAAUAU